CACACAGAACUUCAACCAGUAAACAAUCCAGCUCUCCAAUAAUGGCGUUCAAAUUUGUUUUGUUGGCUACUCUGGUGGCUGCCGCUAGCGCUGGUCUGCUCCCAGUGGCUCACCACGGAUCGAUCGCUACAUCGCACUCCACCAUCCAGCAUCAUGCUGCCCCAGCUGUCCACCAUGUCGGAUCCAUCCAUGCCGCCCCAGCUAUCUACCAACACUCCGCUCCGACCGUCGUCAAGACCAUCGCUCAACCCACGAUCAUCAAGUCUGUAGAGCACCAUGCCCCGGCUAACUACGAGUUCUCGUACUCCGUGCACGAUGAGCAUACCGGAGACAUCAAGAGCCAGCAUGAGACCCGCCACGGAGAUGAAGUGCACGGACAGUACUCGCUGUUGGACUCCGAUGGCCACCACCGCGUCGUCGACUACCAUGCCGAUCAUCACUCCGGAUUCAACGCCGUUGUGCGUCGUGAACCGUCGGCAGUGAAGAUCGCCCAGCCAGUCCACAAAGUGAUCGCUCAGCCCGUGCACGUGUCCAGCUAUGCCCAUGCUCCAGUAGCACACGCUACCGUCCAGCACCACCAUGCUGCCCCCAUCGCGCACUACUCCGCCCCGAUCGCGCACCAUGUUGCCCCGAUCGCUCACCAUGCUGCUCCGAUCGCGCACUACUCUGCCCCGAUCGCUCACCACGCUGCUCCGAUCGCGCACUCCACCUCCAGCAUCGUUCAUGGACAGAGCCAUCUGAGCCAUCAUCAUUACUAA